AGCCAAAGAGUAACACUGGAGAAUUAUCUGGAAGUAUUGGUCUUUCUCAGGGCUCAUCAGGUGGGCCCAGUGGACCCUCUUUAAGUGGACUAUUUGCUGCAGGGUUCCCCACCCUCAGACCUAUAGGCCAUAGAGACUCASCAGGCAAAGCAUCAGUAUCUCGAUCGAGCUCAGCAGCCUCCCUGAGGCCGCUGUGGAACCCGCCCACAUCUGAUCUGACCAAUCCAGAGUCUCACAGGACCUCAGAGAUCCAGCGUCUGCUCACCUCCUCCUCCUCGGCUCCUCCCUCCCCAUCUCACAGCAACAAGCACCCGCCCCCUUUCCCCCUGUCCUCUCCCUCCACACCUCCACCCGCCCCUCCCUCCGCUCCUCCCCCGCCUCCAGCCCCCCAGGAGUGGCCCUCCAGCAGGCCUCCUCCCCUCCCCUCCUGCCYUCCGCCUCCCCUUCCGCCGCAGGUCACCAAGCCGACGUGGCUGCCCGUCCAGCACCACGCACCUGCGUCUCAUCCCUCCGGCCCGCCUCCUCCGCCCCCGUCGUCCGCCCCYGGGGACCGCUCCUCGGGCUGCUUCUACUUCCCACCUCCCGCCACGGCCGGUUCAGAGCCCUCGCGGUUCCCAGUUCUGCGCGACAGCCCCCUGGGGCCCCCUCCUCCACCACCUCCCCCACCUCUACCGCCACCCUUCGCCCCGAGCUGCCCGUCCACGCUGCCGCCGCCGCUGCCCAAAGCAGCCCCGGCGCCCUCGCCGGCUCUGCGCUCGUUGCCGCCCUCGUACCCCUGCAACGUGCCCACCCGACGGCCGCCAGCGGUGCCCAGAGGUGCAGGGGUGGGUCGGCUGGCUCCUCCCCCAGCUCCUCCGGCACGCUCCCCCACCACAGAGCUGUCCACCCGCAUUCCUCCCCCACCACCGCUUCCUCCCCUGCCCCCCUUCAGCCUCAGGAACGGACACCUGCACAGUUUGGCAGAUGACUUUGAGUCCAAGUUCCAGUUCCACCCUGUGGAGGACUUCCCCCCACCUGACGACUUCAAGCCUUUCCCUCGGAUCUACCCCAGCAAAGAAAACCGAGUGAAUCCCAAACCACCCGCGAUCAGAACACACCUCAGAUGAGUCACGGACUCGCCCUCUUCACUGAARGGAACACGUUCUGUUUCACCUCUGUCUUCUGGCGACUCAAGAAAGUAACAAAACAGCCACAGAGACUUUGUGUUGUUCAGUGUGUUUGUGYGGACACAAGUGUCAAACAAGGUCCGGCCUUAUUCUGGCAAUAUGACCUUUGACCUCUCUCAGUGUGGAAUGCUUUCAGUGGUGAGGAGGAGGAGGAGGAGAGCUUGCUGUUCGUAAACUGCAUACAGUUUUUAUGUCAGUACGCUCCACCAGCGUCUGUCAUUGUUUAUUAUCACCAAAAAGGACACGUCAGACAAUCAUGUAACUGCCUGUGUCUGUUAGCAAAAUACCUCCUGAACCACUGGAUUUCAAUGCAAUUCUCAGAAAGUUAUCAUUUCUUCAACAGCUCAACCCACUUCAAAAUGCUUGUCGCAGAUAAACAUUAACGUUUACAUGUCAUGUGUACAGGCGCAGAGCUAAACUGCAGUGUGGUAGUAGCUGAGAGUCAUCCCCAUCUUAUCUCUAACAGAUGAUCAAACAAAACUGUAACAUACAAGACAACAAAUCACAAAUUAGGUGCUUCAUCACAGAUUUUCACAAAGCUAAUUUAGGACUUUUGUCACAAUUUAUUUGUGUUUUGUGUACAAGCGCCUGCUUUUAAAUACCAUUUAUCCUGUUUCUGAACAAACAAAGUAGAGCAAGAUUUUAAUUUGUGACCCAAGCUGGCAAAAGAAGAUGCAGAAAAAAAAGAAAAAAGUUAUUUUAAUUUGAAACCUUUUACUUUCCUUCGAAAUCGACCGUUUUUCUCUGCUGACUAAUGUGAUGCCAGGAAAUCCCUUCAUAUAAUGUUUUUUAAUUUAUUUUAUUUGACCUUUAUUUAUACAGGUAGUCUCAUUAAAAUUCAGAAUCUCAUUUCCAAGAGAGACCUGUUAAAUGUUAGGCAUCUUUGUCCUGCUUGGAGUUACUCCUUUUUAAAAAUAAGCCAGAAAUUCUUGAUGAAAUCACUCCAGAUUAAAAUAAUAAUAAAAAAAAUCAAGUUUUCAAACACUCUUCAACAAAACUAGCUUAUUGCUACGCCCGGUGAUAAAUGACCAAAUAAUAGGCAUCAUUUUGAAGCUUUUGAGAUGGACAGUUUUAAAAUAAAACAAAAAAUCCUCCAAAAAAUAUAAACUCAUGUUUGGUAAAAGUGUUAAACAUACUGUUAUUAGGUAGAAUAGGCUUAUAGAGUCUAAUAAACUUUAAAAAUUAGACACAAAAACACAUUCAUUGGAGACUGAGAUGCUAAAUUCAGUUUAAUUUUCAAUCAAAAAUGUAGUUUUCAUGUGAAUUCUUUGUCACUAACUUAUCCACAUGACUUGUAUUGGUGCUACUCUUUAUUAAUGUAUUUUUUUCUAAGAAAAUGCGAGACGUGUAAGAAAUUUCUGGAAUGUAUUUGUUGUGUUGGAUUUUGUUACCAAAUGGUAAAUUAAACAUGCUCUUAUCAGCCGGUUCUAAAAGUUGAGCGGGCAGCACCAUCUGCUGGUUGAGUGUAAAAACUAUUUUAAUGCAUCAUCAAUUAAAACGCUGAUCAUUUUA